GAGGUCCCCAUAGCAUAGCCCGUUGCUUACUGCAGCAGUGAUUGACUUCAGCUAGUGGCGCUGAAAACUGCCCUGACUGGCGCUUCUUCCCUACAUAAGUAUACGUUUGACAGCAAUUAACCAAGAGUUCAUUGGUGAAAAUAAAUAAAUAAGUAAAUAACUGUAGCAUGGCAAUCAUGUAAUUCUAGAUGUCAUCAUGAAGAAAUAGAAUUAAAAAUGAAAGUGAAUAUGUAAAUGCAGGUAGGACAAAAAGAAAAUACUUCCACUUACAUGGCAAGAGUCUCGGCUGCAUAUUACUGGAAAUAAAAAAGGACAUGUCUGCAGAUAUUCCAAAUGAUAAAAAACUAUUAAAACAGUGGUCAAUGGAUUUAUCAAGUGCACUACAGCCAAAUUCACUUAACAUGAGUGACACUGACGCUCAGGCACAAAAAGACAACUGCAAUGUGUUCACGGUACAAAUCCCAGUGGUCAAUCACUCCACAAGCAACAGUUUUGUGAACACAGAUAACAGUGGCUUUAACCAUGUGGUUAACAGUCAGAUUGGCCAAGAUUCAUCAUCAAACAGUUUUAGCACAAACCCUCUUCUUUUCCCACACCUGUUAAAUACUAAUUUGAUCCAAGGACAGCUCCAGUCGGAUGUUGCAAGUGAACCCCUGGCACAAAAUCAGAGUGGUCAGCAAGCAAUGUUGUCCAGAGCCCUGCUACAGAACCCUGGGCAGCAGGAACAACUGAUCAGAUAUCAGAUGGAAAACCUUCAGAGACUGGUUCAGGAACAGAACAAGCUUAUUUCACUUAUGAAUCCAGGUCUUGUGUUGUCCCCAGCAUUGUCACCACAGUUACUGGGCCUGGCACCCGGCCUGUUUCCAGGGUUAGGCACCACGUCUAUGGCCAUAACUGCCACACAUUCCAAGGAAAACACACCCAGCCCGGCAACUCCACCUUCUUUAGAAAACAACAGUACCUUGGAAUCAACAGAACUUUCUCCACUGGAUCAAACCACAGAUGAGAACAUUCCAGAAAAGGAUGAGGCCCUUCCACGGAAUCUGUCUCCUAUUAAAGAAGAAAGUGGAGAACAAGUUGAAGAGCAGAGUCCUGUGAGCCCCUUUGGGAUGAGAAGAAGACCAUCUAUAAACCCAGAGGAGAGACCUAUUAGACCAGGAGUUGGGGUGAGGCAGAAAACGUUUGAAGAAUUUGUUGAAGAGCAGCUUAAAGUGGAUACUGAAGAUAAAAAGCAGUUGCAGCAUGGGCAGUCGCAGUGUCAGCCCUCCCAAGAUGACUGGACGCUCAGCUCUGCCCUGGUAGGACAGGAUUUGGAGGAAGUGAAGGUGUUACCAAAGAAGUCAUUCCUGAAGCGGGGAGAGGGCAUAUCCCGGAUAGAGAAAAGCAAGGAAAAUCUUCUGAAAGAACAGAGGAGAGCCCCCCAAGCCCAGUUACCUAAACAAGUGGGUUUUACCAACCAGCGCCGGCGUUCUUUGCCCACCCUACAAGGCACAGAGAAGUUUCAGGUGAGGAAGAGGCCUGUUUUGACCAGGCAAAUCAGCAGCCCAAACGUGAUGGUUUCAAGAGGGAAAAAGGUAAUCCCCAGUCAUGAUUACAAAGCAGAGGCCAUCGACACAGAGUAUCACGGGUCAAAUGAGGAAUUUGCACAGCAGUUGAAGGAUAAAAAGACAACGCAAAACCGAGCAGGCAUAAAUAAUAAAGUAAUGGAUGAAAAACCUGCUAUUAGAGGAACCCUGAGGUCCAGAAGUUUUAGCCUGGAAGUCCCUGAAAGCUUGGCUUUCUGCUUGACUGAAAAAGAGAACCAACAGAAAAUGGACGAGCACAAAACCUUGAAAGAGUCACCUAAGGCACAACUGUCUGUCACAAAAGAGGUUAGAUGCCAGGGUCUAGCAACAGAGAAACAGAGUUCUGAUCACAGUUAUGGUAUUCAGCCUUACAGAAUUGGACCAAACAUUGGGUUCAAGAAAAUCAACGACCGGAUUGUCAAGGUUCAGUCAAGUGAAAGCAGGAGUGAGAAAAGUGUAAAGGACUCGCAGGAUGACAGGCAGGUCUGUGAAACCAAGGUGAUGAAGUUUGAGCCCCCUUCCAGUAACAGUGACAGAACCAGCAGCGAAGAUGACCCCAAGUCUCAGUGCCAUGAGCUUCCAACCAAGGAGAUUCCACAGAGGCUGGGGCACCUCGAUCGAAACUUGGACCUGUCUGAUGAUGACUAUGCCAGUGACGCACCUAGUGGAUUAGAAGAUGUGGUAUCCAGAAGCUACACCCCCCGGAAUUUAACACUCCUAAUUGAGUCCUCCAGCACAAGCAGCAGUGAGGACAGUGACAAUGAACUGAUGAACUUUCAGUGGAAUAAGACCACAGCUUCAUCUCGAGCAUCUUCAUAUCAGCGCAGUAGGUCAGCAGAGAAAGAGAAGGCAGGCAAGAGCGGAGCAAUGCCAGAGGACAAGAACGACACCAGUGCAAAGGCAUACCUGCAACCACCAUCUACUUCUGAUCUGGUAGCGAACCUCUUCCCUGGUUUAAAAACAAAGCCAAAGGUACAAUCCCAAAGCAACGUUGCAGUGGAGUCCACAAGCACUGAGAAUAAUGCCUCUAAACAUGACACUCAAGUUUGGCUCUCAGAGAUGGAUCACCACCGUAGUGAUAAUUCUGUACUGGACAACAUGAAGGAGGAACAGGAGAGAGCAAUGCAACUUCUCAGGCGUAGGAUGGGUCAUUUUGAGCUGGAGAAGUGUGAAGAACAACAUCCUCUGGAAGAGUACAAGAAACAAGAGAUGAAAAAAAGGCAGAUCUUAAAAAAACUGUCAGCCACACCAACUCCAGAGAAAAACGCUAAUGAGGAAUUCCAAAUAUUAAAGGAGCAGAUUGCAGCACUGCAGCAAGAGUUUAAAAAGAAGGAGACUCGCUGGUCAGCUGCCCACGGCCGGCUGAGAGACCAGGUGGAGGCCCUGACCAAGGAAAACCUGGAGCUGAGAGACGAGCUCAAGCUGUCAGAGAGACACCGGCAAGAAGCAGUGAAGAAAGCCGAGGUGACAUCUAUCCCCAGCAAGAAGGCAGAAACACAGGUUUCUGAAGCAAUACUGAUGGGCACACGUCAUGUGAGAAGGGAAGACAGGCCACCUGCUGGCCAUAAGAGUCGCAGCUCCACUCCUGUUGGGAGGAAGACACCAUUUGAGAGACAGGUUACUGUAGAGCCUCAGGUCAAGGUUGAAGAAAAGAGUGAAAUUGUGAAAAUAGCAGUCAGGGAGCCAAGGGAUAAGAAUGUUUCUCAAUCGGAAAGUGCCCCCCCACCUGGAUGGAGGACUCCCCAACCCCACAAGGAGAGAGAAACCCCUUUGGACACAGAAGCAACAGUCCAUCGGUUUGUAACAAAUCGUCUGAGAUCAAAGGACAGAAUGUCACCUGUGCCAAACCUAAAUGUUGGAAGACAGAACAAUGCGCACAACUCUGCUAAAGGAAGACUUUCUUCACAUUCGGGAAGUUCAGAGGACGCUCCAGACACACGUGCAAGAAAUCAGGAAAAGCACAACUCUAAAUCCCAGAGCAGCAACGAUGAAGCAGGGACAGUGCCAAGAUCUCGAGAGAGACCAGCAUGUGCAAUGGAACGCAGAAGCCGCAGUGCAACUCCAAAUGGCAGAAAGACACCAUCAUCUGGAAAAGCGACUCUUGAGGCUGAGUAUAAGGAAAUAAAACCAAAACCAGUGUUGUCAGGAAGAGCGUCACCUUAUGUGAGCAGUAAGGGCAAGGACAGUGAAAUCCGAGAAGAAACGCAGUAUCCAGAUGGCAAGACUGAGCAGGUGCUUGCAAGUGGCCGUCGAAUUAUCACUUUCCGGAAUGGAACCAAGAAGGAAAUCGAUGCAGAUGGCAAAUCAGUUACAGUCACCUUCUUCAAUGGGGAUGUGAAAAAGAUGAUGUCUGACGAGAGGGUGAUUUAUUACUAUGCUGAUGCCCAGACAACUCAUACAAUGUAUCCCAAUGGCCUAGAGGUAUUGCAAUUUCCAAAUAACCAGAUUGAAAAGCAUCACCCGAAUGGUACAAAGGAAAUAAUAUUCCCGGAUCAGACAGUUAAACAUCUUUAUAGUGAUGGACGUGAAGAAAGUAUCUUUCCUGACGGUACUGUGGUGAAGCUUGAGAAGAAUGGAGAGAAGAUUGUUGUAUUUAACAAUGGGCAGCGAGAGAUCCAUACUUCACAGUACAAGCGCAGAGAGUAUCCCGACGGAACUAUCAAGACAGUUUAUUCUAAUGGUCGACAAGAAACAAAGUAUUCUUCUGGACGGUUUCGGAUAAAAGACAAAGAAGGCAAUAUUAUCCUUGAUAAAAAAUGAUGUGAACAAGCACAUAAUGGUGCAAAGUGAAGUAGCUCCUCUGCUUUAGAUUUUGCAAUAUUACCCGUCAAAUAAUUAUUUACAUACAAGACCACCUGCAUAUAAAUUGUACUUUUUAACCUAAACCAUUUAAAAAAAAAAAAAAAAAAAAAAAGAUUAUUCAUUGUUAUUCAUAUAUGUUAAUAAUUCUUCACAUUUACAAAUAUGGUCACUUUUUAAAUUGAUUAUUAAUAGUGUAAAUAUAAAUUAUUGUAUCAUCAACCCAUUUUAUUGUGUGUUUUGUUUAUUUUUUUAUUUUUAAAUGUGCAUGUAAAUAAGAUGUUUUAUACUUUAUUAGGUACAAUUCCAUUUAAUAUUGCAAUCCUGGUACUUUCUUGGUCAGAUAACAUUUCGUUGAAAGGUUAAGGAUUUAGUAAAUGCACUGAAAUGUUAUAACAUCAUACAUAACACGGGUUCAAGUUUAUUUACUGUCAGUGUUUUUAUACAAUCCAAAUGAUCUGUAAUCAAAAUUCUAUACCAGUUUGUAAAAAUUAUAUAUAUAUAUAUA